AUGGUGUACCUGUGUGCAACCAUGUGGCAUGAGACCUACGAUGAGAUGAUGAAUAUCAUUAUCUCAAUAUUCAGACUGGACAAGUACAGACCAAAGACAGACCCAAAGUACAAUGAUUUCACUUUUGAAGCCCAUAUCUACUUUGAUGAUGCAUUUGAACAAGUUGAAGGGAGUCAGGAGCGUCACCUCAACAAAUAUGCAAAGAAUCUUGUGGAAAUCAUUGCUGAAGUUUACAACAUUUUCACAAACAUCGAUAAGAAGUUAUUCAAACAGCAGCAGCAGUUCCCUGAUCAGAAGGUCAUAAGGACACCGUACGGAGGUCGUGUUGUCAUCACUAUGCCUCAUGGGAACAACAUUGUGGUCCACUUCAAGGACAAAGAACUCAUCCGCCACAAGAAGAGAUGGUCUCAGGUCAUGUACCUUUAUUAUCUUCUGGGCUGGAAACUCAUGACAAAAUAUUAUAGGCGCUGGAAGAUGGGAGGGGAAGAAAAAGAACUGGAAGCAGAGGUCCAGAAAGAGAAGCACAACACCUAUCUCCUGGCUUUGGACGGGGACACUGACUUCCAGCCGGCUGCUGUGAUGCUGCUCAUCGAUCGUCUGAAAAUGUACCCACGUGUCGGAGCAGCAUGUGGCAGGAUUCACCCCACUGGAUCAGGUCCUGCAGUGUGGUUCCAGAAGUUUGAGUACGCUAUCAGCCACUGGCUGCAGAAGACAGCGGAGCACGUGUUCGGCUGUGUGCUGUGCAGCCCUGGUUGCUUCAGUCUGUUUAGAGCAGCGGCGCUGAUGGACAACAACGUGAUGAAAAAAUACUCUACCAAGUCCAUGGAGGCGAGUCACUACAUCCAGUACGACCAAGGUGAGGACCGCUGGCUCUGCACUCUGCUGCUGAAGCAGGGAUGGAGGGUGGAGUACAAUGCAGCUUCUGAUGCCUACACCAACGCACCUGAAGACUUCAAAGAACUCUACAACCAGCGUCGGCGAUGGGGACCGUCCACAAUGGCCAAUGUGGUGGAUCUGCUGGGCUCCUCAAACAUUAUUUCCCAGAAGAACCCAUCCAUAUCCAAACCUUUCAUGUUCUACCAGCUCUUUUCCAUCAUCUCAGCCAUUCUGGCACCUGCCACCAUCUGCCUUUUGGUUGCAGGCAGUUUGGCCUUCAUCUUAAAUAUCCAUUCUGCUGCUGCUCUGGUCAUGUCUGUGAUUCCUCCUGCCAUCUACCUGGGUCUUUGCUUCAAGCUCAAGGCUGACACUCAGAUCACUAUUGCAGCAGUCCUGAGUGUCAUGUAUGCAUUCCUCAUGUUGGUGGUGACGAUGUCCAUUAUUGGCUCAAUGGUGAAGGACAAAACCAUCCUGACCCCCAGCAGCAUUUUUGUUAUCGCCAUGACCACCAUUUACAUCAUCACUGCCAUAAUGCAUCCUCAGGAAUUCCCUAUAGUGUUCUAUGGCGUUCUCUACAUUAUCUGCAUCCCCAGUGCCUACCUCCUGCUCACCAUCUACUCCAUGGUCAACAUGAACAACGUGUCCUGGGGCACCAGGGAGACAAAACCUGCUGCUGGGGCUGCCACACCUGCAGCUAAUACCCCACAAACAACGAAGCAGAAAGCCAAAAGGACUUUCCAACGGUUCUUCUCGUGGGUUAAAUGUUGUAAUAAAUCCAACAGAAGGUCUGACGAAAGCCAGCUCUGUGUAAACCAGGAGAACAUGAUCCCAGAACCUGCACAACCCGAACCUCAGCCCCAAAACACAAUUGUAGAAGACAUAGGGAUCCCAGAGGAAGAACAGAGGCAAGCACCACCUGUUUUCGACUGUCCUAGCCAAUGUUGGGUCACACAACUACAGGAGUCAUCCAACGACAUGCGACUGCAGGAGGACUCACUCGACCAGGAGGAGCAGGAGUUCUGGAUGGAGCUUCAGGGGAGGUACCUUAAACCUCUGCCUGAUGACAAAGAGAGACAAAAAAAGAUUGCCAGUGACCUGCGGGAGCUGAGGAACAAGAUCAACUUUGCCUUCUUCUUCCUCAAUGCCCUGUGGCUGGUCGCAACCUUCACCCUGCAGGUCUUCGAGGCUGUCCUCUCCAUUAAGAUCCCAAAGUUCAACUACAGCCUUGUGGAAACUGGAGAUAAAAUACAAAUUGAUCCCAUUGCUCUCAUGUUCAUUGUGGGAUUUGCUUUGUCAGUCAUAAUCCAGUUCUUGGCCAUGCUAUACCACAGAGUCUACACCCUGAUCCAUUAUGUGGCCUUUCUGGACACUGAGCCCAGAGAGCAAAGACAUGAAAAACAAGACUCAUACCAACAAGGCAAAAAGGUUGAUCCUGUCUCCAGUACCGCCUCCAUCUCCAGCUCCAGCACCCAGGACGACUCAGAAUUUGACAGUGAAGAUGAGUACUACUCAGACUUGUACUACAGACAAAAUGAUGGAGAGACACUGGUGUAAACACAGACUUUAUGCACAAACAUAACUUUUUAGCACUUUGAAAUUUCCAUGUAUGUGAGGUUUUUACCAAAAAUGUCUUUUAUUGUAUGUCUGUUAUUUAUGCUAUGUUUACAUUCAUUCAAGUGCAAUUUAUUUCUAAAGUUGUAGUGAACCAUUUUGUCACAAAGUGCUUUGCUGAAAAACAAAGGACACAGAUUUAACCUGAAAAUGUAUUUUUAAAAAGUGGAAACAACUCAGGGGCAGAACAAGAACAAUACAACCUGUAAAAAUGUCAUUGUGUGUGUGAAUGUGUGUGUCGUGUGCAAAUGAAAGCACCGCACAAAAAAAUCAGGUCAGUAAAUGUAAAGUAACAUUUUUAUUGCUACUGUAUUUAUGAAAUGUCUAUUAUGUUAUGUUACACUGUAAAUCUUGAGUUUGCUGCUUCUGUAUUUAAUGGACUAAUGUGAAGAGGAAUGAGUGAAGUUUAGAAAUGCUUUAGAUUAUGUGAAGAACAAUAGCACUGUCUGAGUCUACUGUGACAAACAAAUAUAUGAAGCUCUUUUAAUGGUGAAAAAAAGUCAGGGAAAUCUUUUAUGUUUGGUUCUAUGUUUGGCUUGAAUCCUGAAAAUCGGGAAGUCUAUAAU